AUGAGAGGCCCUAGACCCUACGAUUUCGAUACGAAUUCAGCAACGCCAAACGCUGGGUUGCCGACGCCGACGUAUCCCGCCGGUGGCCGGAAGAAAGGUGUGGGCGCGAGGCCGUGGCUGGUGCUUCAUUCGUCAGGGCAAGCGAAGAUAGAGGAAGUUGGAAAACACGCCAUCAUGCGGCGAACGGGGUUACCGGCAAGAGAUCUUCGGAUUCUCGAUCCGCUGCUGUCGUAUCCAUCGACUGUUCUGGGUCGAGAGAGAGCGAUUGUGAUCAAUCUGGAGCACAUUAAGGCAAUCAUCACCGCGCAAGAGGUUUUGCUUCUUAAUUCCAAGGAUCCUUCCGUGUCGCCCUUCAUUGAUGAGUUGCAGAGGCGGAUUCUGUGCCACCAUCAUGCCACUAAAUUUCAGGAGGAAGAGAACUCUGAUGGAGAGCCUCAUACGAGAACAGAUACCGCCCAAGGAGAAGCUGGGACGCCACAGUCGUCUGGUGAUCAAGGGAGUGAAGCCAAGAAAGAUGCAAAGCAAAGCCUUGAGAAUCAAGAUGGAUCCAAGGUUCUUCCGUUUGAGUUUGUUGCUCUGGAAGCAUGUCUUGAAGCUGCAUCCAGCAGUUUGGAAAGCGAGGCUGUACGAUUGGAGUUAGAGGCUCAUCCUGCCUUAGACAAGCUUACUUCCAAGAUCAGUACUCUCAACUUGGAACGGGUUCGACAGAUCAAAAGCAGGCUCGUUGCAAUAACUGGUCGUGUUCAGAAGGUUAGGGACGAACUAGAACAUCUGCUAGACGAUGAUGAAGACAUGGCUGAGAUGUAUCUUACAGAGAAGCUAUCUCAGAAACUUGAGAGUUCGUCAGCUUCCUCUAUGAAUGAGAUUGAUCUUCCUGAAGGAGAAGAGGAUGACAGGCUUCCUCCUGAAUUUGCGUCGGAGGCUAACAGAGACGAAAGCUAUCUUGUAGCAGAUGAUGCUCACCAUCUUCUUAUGAGUGCUCACAGCGCACUUAGCAGAAACAGCCACGGGACUCAUACAAGCUCAACCCGGAGUGCCAUGAUCAACAAAUUCGAUGUGGAAGAGCUUGAAAUGCUUUUGGAAGCGUAUUUCGUGCAGAUUGAUGGUACACUGAACAAACUAUCAACACUAAGGGAAUACGUGGAUGACACAGAGGACUACAUCAACAUAAUGCUGGAUGACAAGCAGAAUCAGCUUCUGCAAAUGGGUGUGAUGCUAACAACAGCGACGCUGGUGAUGAGCGCGUUUAUCGCAGUUGCUGGAGUGUUCGGUAUGAACAUUACCAUAGAGCUGUUCAACGAUAAUGAAAAUGGCCCGACAAGAUUCUUAUGGACUGUGAUUGGAGGUAGUCUCGGAAGUAUAUUCAUCUAUGUUGGUGCCAUCGGGUGGUGGAAGCACAAGCGCUUGCUUGAAUGA